AUGCGAAGCUUUCUACUCAUUCUGGCGGGUGUUGCCAAUGUGCUGGGCUUCCCUGUCGCCUCCCGGCACGUUGUCCACGAACGACGAGAUGUUCUACCCGAAUACUGGAUUGAGGAGUCGCGGCUUGACAAACAAGAAAGGCUUCCUGUGCGGAUUGGCCUCGCCCAGUCUAACUUGGACCAUGGCCAUGACCUUUUGAUGGAAACUUCCGACCCGGCUUCCUCACGGUAUGGGAAAUACCUCUCUGCAGAAGAGGUGCACGGUCUAUUUGCUCCGUCAGAAGACAGCAUUGAACAGGUCCGAGCUUGGUUAGAGUCCAAAGGCAUAGUUGCCAGCCGUAUCUCGCAUUCGAUCAACAGGCAAUGGCUACAAUUCGACGCGUCGGCCGAGGAGAUGGAGUGGCUUCUCCAGACCGAAUACUACCUCUACUCGCAUACCGAAUCUGGUAGAUCGCAUAUUGCGUGUCGCGAGUACUACGUUCCGGAGUCGGUUCAGUCGCACAUUGACUACAUCACACCGGGCGUCAAGCUUCUUGAGUUGGAUGACACCGAGUCGUCAAGGCGGAAGAUGAAGAAGUGGAACCCUGAUGACGGUGUGGCGCUGUUUCCCCGGGCAUCGGAUAUUGAUUUGGAGGAGAUGCUGAAGAACGGCCUCCCCGGAUGCGAUGUGGUGAUUAGUCCAGACUGCAUUCGAAAGAUCUACAAGAUACCCGAGGGCAAAAGCGCAAGUCCUGGAAACGAGCUGGGGAUAUUCCAGACAUUGGGCGAUCUGUACAGCCAGAUUGACCUGGACCGGUUCUUUUCAGCACUGGCACCGUACGUUUUGACCCUCGCGACUUGUGACGAUUCUAAUGUCGAUAGUGAAAUACCUCUGGAGACUCAUCCGAGAUUGAACGCAGUCAACGGCGCCGAAGCACCCGCACCGUCCCUUGAACUCGCCGGCCCCGAAUCCAGCUUAGACUUCCAAGUUUCAUAUCCGAUCAUCUGGCCGCAGAAUUCAAUCCUUUACCAGACAGACGACCCCGUCUACCAGAACAACUACACCUUCCGGGGCUACUUCAACAACUUCCUCGAUGCCAUAGACGGCUCAUACUGCGACCCAUCGGAGGAAGAGCUAGACCCCCCUUAUCCAAACCCGGCACCUGGAGGAUACAAAGGCGAAAAGAUGUGUGGUGUAUACGAGCCAACAAACGUCAUUUCCAUCUCGUAUGGUGGUGCGGAAUCCUCACUCCCAAUCCGGUACAUGCGGCGCCAAUGUCUGGAGUAUAUGAAGCUGGGUCUGCAGGGGGUGUCGGUGGUCUUCGCUGCGGGCAACCAUGGCGUAGCAACAGAAUUCUGCUUGGGAACGGACGGAAAGGUCUUCUCACCAGACUUCCCGGCAACCUGUCCGUAUAUCACGGCUGUCGGAGCCACGACGGUACCCCCCGGAGGCGACGACGCGCAUAGACCCAAGGAAAUUGCGGUGAGAACGUUUGGCUCGGGUGGAGGAUUUAGCAACGUCUUUGGAAGGCCAGGCUAUCAGCAGUCCACAGUCCAGAAGUACUUGCGCAAAACAGAUCUCGAUUACCCAUACUAUGAAAGCAUCGAUAACAGCAGCUUCGCCGAGAACGGAGGAAUCUACAACCGCAUUGGCCGCGCAUAUCCAGACGUCUCUGCUAUCGGCGACAACAUCCUUCUUUUUUACAGAGGCAAACCUCUCCUGGGUGGGGGUACAUCCGCUAGCGCGCCCAUUUUCGGGGCGAUACUCACCCGGAUCAACGAGGAGCGACUGGCAGCCGGGAUGCCGACGGUCGGGUUCGUGAAUCCGGUGCUGUAUGCGCAUCCGGAGGCCUUUCGCGACGUGACUGAGGGGAGCAAUGCAGGAUGUGGCACCGAAGGGUUUCCUGCGACCAAGGGCUGGGAUCCGAUUACUGGGCUGGGGACACCGGUGUAUCCGAAAUUGUUGAAGGUAUUCAUGGAGUUGGAGACUUGCUAG